GAGCUGAGCGCACGUGAUCGCGCAGGUGACUCUUCGGCCGGAUUUUCCCGCUAGCCGAAUCGUCGCUCGUUGGGUGCCUGUUUGGAGAAGAUUCGUGCCGGCGCCCUCGUUUGAGCUUCACGUCAAGCAAUCGACUCAACCACACCCUCCCUCAAUUCGCCAUGAACUCCCUCCGCAUCGCCCGCGCGGCCAUCCGCGCCCGCCCUGCUGCCAUGCGGGCUGUCGCCCAGCGGAGGACGUACGCCGAGGCUGUCCCCGACAAGAUCAAGCUGAGCAUGUCUCUGCCUCACCAGUCCAUCUACAAGUCCCAGGACGUCGUCCAGGUCAACAUCCCCGCCGAGACCGGUGAGAUGGGUGUCCUCGCCAACCACGUUCCCGCGAUCGAGCAGCUCAAGCCCGGCGUCGUCGAGGUCGUCGAGGAGAGCGGCAGCCCCAAGCAGUUCUUCCUGUCUGGUGGAUUCGCCACCGUCCAGCCCGGCUCCGCGAUGAGCAUCAACGCCGUCGAGGGCUACCCCCUCGAGGACUUCAGCGCCGAUGCCAUCCGAUCCCAGAUCGCCGAGGCCCAGAAGGUGGCCAACGGCAAUGGAAGCGAGCAGGACAUUGCCGAGGCUAAGAUUGAGCUGGAGGUUCUCGAGACUUUGGCUGCGCAUGUGAAAUAGACUGUGUUUGCUAGACUGUCGGAGCCCGUUUGUACAUCACAAUAUUCUACCGCAUCUUAGCACCCAUCGAGUCAAUUGAUACCACUUGUUGGUGCUUCCACCCCGUGUACUUGCCGCCAAACCCACAGUCGACCAACGCUCGGGAGCCCGGGGUGGACCUCCUGUCCCGCCAGGAUAGCAGGCCCGAACGACACGCUUUCCCGCGGGCUCCGGUAUCUGGGUGCGAACUUCCCACUGAAAUGGUAAUCCCGUGCUUCCGCAUCGUCUCCUAGAACUCUUCCCUGUCGUAUACACUCACUGGGGGUGCCAAUGUUGAUUAACCACUUUCAUCGGCAUUUCUUACGACCCAUAGUUGAUCCACCUCAUCACUAUCCGAGAGCAUCUUUCUCAUCGAUUCACAUUCAUGCCAUGGCAAAUUGUUUUGCGAGUAGCUCCAAACCUCUGGACAGAGGUCAACCAUUGUUUGGCAGCCCAAGCCUUCGAACUCCCAAGUCG